AUGACAUCGACAUUUAAUUCAACGAAAACACGUCUUUCACCGGUACAAUUCACUCUAUCAUCUGUUCCCCCACUACCGACCAAACAUUGGUCACAAACAUGUCAUGAAACGAUCGUGUUAUCAAACGAUAAUCAAUACUCUCUUCCACUUUCAUUAGGAGGCGGAGCAGAAAAUGGCCAAUUUGUUUAUCUCAUAGAAGCGAUCUCAUUAUUGAACAGCCAAUCAACAGUGAAGAUUAUAAAAGGUGGUAAAAUCGAUGUCGACGAAAUUCUUUUGACGAUCGAUCAACACAAAAUUGCGGGCUGUACACUGUCCGACGUUCAACAACUAAUUGAAACAUUGUCAGCUAAUGGAAAACAAAUUAAAUUGAAAACUGUCAAAUCGGGACACUAUUACGGAACUCCGCGUCCAUCAAGAGGUGUAUUUACAACAAAUAAUAAUCUAACGCGUCGAAGCAAUUCUGCAAACGAAAUGUUUCAACAGUUUACACCUGAAAUUUCGAAUAAAAAACUUCCGCCACAAUUGGCAGGAGAAUCGAUCACAUGUUCAUUACGAAAAAGUCCACAAGGCUUUGGCUUUACAAUCAUCGGCGCAGUUGAACGAGGGCAACAUUUUCUGCAAAUCAAAGAUAUCUUACCCGAUGGCCCAGCUGCAAAAGACGGUAAACUCCAACGUGGAGACAUUCUAGUUUAUAUCAAUGAAACAAACGUCAUGGGAUAUAGUCAUACAGAAGUCGUGAAAAUUUUUCAAUCGUUAUCUCUCGGUGAUAUGAUACAUAUCACCGUUUGCCGGGGUUACCCACUUGCGGUGAAUUUUGACGAUCCACGGAUUGACGUUGUCUCCCUGAAUGGAGUUAAUCACUUGCCUAAUGGCGGUUAUAAGGAAUAUCAACCAGAAAAUCAUCCGCGUACACAUGUUAUUAAAAUUCGUAAGGGUGACCACGGAUUUGGAUUUACCGUGGCGGAUAGCGCAUCGGGUCAACGUGUUAAAUCGAUCGUCGAUCGGCAACGUUGUCAAAAUUUGUAUGAGAACGAUCUUUUGCUAUCGAUCAAUGGACAUGAUCUGUACGGAAAGCAACAUUCGGAUAUUGUGGAUAUAUUAAUGAAAUGUCCCACGGAUAUCGAUACAACGUUUGUGAUACGAAGAGGUGACUCGGAUGUGAAUAACAACCCAUUCAUCACCAAUGGCAAUGGUCAUAAUGAUCGAGCUACUCAGUCUAAUAAUCGAUCAAAUCUCGUUGGAAAGCAUGUUUCAUUCAUUACAAGCAAUAAAGAGGAUAAGGAGAACGAUGAAAUCGAAACAGAAUAUCUUUCACCAAGAGUAGCUGAGCGACCGCGUAGUAGAACACCGACAUCAUAUGGUACUAUUCCAAUGACUGACACACAGUCCUUCCGUACGCGAACACCAAUUGCAGUGAAUAAUACUCCGACUUUCACCACUUCCAAUGGCGUCCAAGCGUCCAUUCCACUUGUUAAAACGGAUUUUGUUCCUGAUUCUGUCUAUACUUUUGAUCGACAAACAUCCUUGACACGUAGUGCACGUGAUAUUCGACCAACCAAUGCUCCAUUAGUACGUAGUAAGACUCCCGGGCCUGAAUUUGGUGCGAGUACCUCCUCCGCUUAUCGAGCAAAUGCAAUAAAACCAAGAAGUAAAACUCCGACAGCUUAUGAUAUUUCAUCAAGUACUAUGCAAAAUAGUCGAUCAUUGCAAUCUAUUCAUCCACAAUAUAUCGAACAAGUCGUUAACUUGACACUCCUACGUCCGAGCGAUGGUUUCGGACUGCGAAUUCUUGGUGGCGAAGAAGAGAAAUCUCAAGUGUCCAUUGGUCAUAUUGUUCCAAAUUCGCCCGCCGAUGUCGAUGGUCGUCUACGUGUUGAUGAUGAAAUAAUCAAAAUAGAUGGCCAUUCAACGAUACGUGCAGCCCAUGAGAAAGUUGUUCAAUUAAUGCAACGCGCUAAAGAAAAACAACAUGUUUGUAUCAUUGUCCGUCGUUAUCAACAUCCACACAACAAUAAUAAUAAUCAAAAAAGCAAUUCUUUUUAUCAAACAACUCGCGAUUCAUAUCCAAAUUACAAUACCACUGAGCCCUAUAUGAAAUCAUCAGGAAAUCAUGAAAUACGUCAUGUAGUGUUACAAAAGACUGAUGAGUGUCAAAGUUUUGGAUUCGUUAUUAUCUCCUCACAGAACAAAUCUGGUGCUAUAGUUGGUAGAAUUAUUCCGAAUAGUCCUGCUGAUCAAUGUGGUCAACUGCAUGUAAAUGAUCGUAUUCUAGCUGUUAAUGGUGUUGAUCUCACUCAUAUGGCACAUACAGAUGUUGUUAAUUUAAUCAAAGACUCAGGUCGAAUGAUCACAUUGACGAUUGCUCCACCGAUUUCCUAUGAUGAUCGAAUUCUGGAUGUACAAAAUGGUAUUCGGCCAUCAUCCUCAUCACCCAUGGGUAUCUCGGCUGAUACCAACCAGACGUUGAGGAAUGCUUUCUCUCACAAUCCGAUCAACGGUUCUGAGAGGCAGCCAAUUCGAUCAUCGUCUCGUACAAACGGAAUAUUAAAAUCCUAUUCGGUUUCGGAUGAUUAUUACAUUGCUGAUCUACAACGACCUUAUCCAACAUCCAGUUUUGGUUUUAGUAUACGUGGUGGUCGAGAAUUUUCGAUUCCGAUAUUUAUAUUAAAACUAGCUGACAACGGUCCCGCAGCAUGUGAUGGUCAAAUGAGACCUGGAGAUCAGAUUAUUGAAAUCAAUGGUCGUUCUACAUAUGGUAUGACGCAUAGUGAAGCAAUUGCAUUGAUUCGUGAUGGUGGUCUGUAUGUUCGAUUGUUACUAAGGAGAACAAAUGCUCCACCACCGAGUUUAGACGAAGUGAAAUCGGCAAUGGGUAAUGGCGUUGAGUCGACGAAUAUCUAUUGGAAAGCGAGUCCUUUUGCAUAA